CAAGUCGCGCAAUCGUCCAGGGGUUCAUGACAAUCGAGGGGCUGGUUCCCCAGAACCCCACUCUAAUGCGACAUGACCUUCUCUUCUAAGUUAAGGCGUGAUUAGCCUCAAUGGUGAUAUCAUGGAGCAUUUGAUCCGAUGGAAACGAAUUGAUAAACUUCCUUCUCUUUUUUUUCCUUCUUUUUUCCAUCCAGUUCAAGGACAACAAUCGAGAUGGAAUCUGAAAAGGGUCUGGGUGAGCUGCCACCAUACAGCGCUGUAGAGAGCCAGCAAUGGCGCAAGCGCCGGUCGCUACGCCGGUCGCGAGGCCUAAAGUAUCUAGCGCUGGCAUGUCUUGGCUUUAUCGGAUACGCGCAGUGGAGACAGAUCACGGCGCCUGUGACGAUAUUGUCUAUUGAGAAGCUCCAGGCGGAUUUGGCGGUUUGCUCCAGGCUGCAGUCGAAGCCGCAGGACCCAAUUGGCCUCGGCCGUGAGCGCAAUGCGCGUUACAUCGAUGGCCAUAAGCCAACGCUCAUCAAGAAUGCUACCGUCUGGGUGGGCGAGCCUGAAGAGGGUACCAGUCCUGAAGAUGCGCACGCGGGCAAGGGCUUUUCGUGGAUCGUCGCGGAUGUCUACUUGGAGCACGGUCUAAUCAAGGAGGUCGGUAAAGACCUCGACCUGAGUGCUCUGUCUUCCGAUGUUAUCGUUUGGGACGCAGAGGGUCGACAGCUCACAUCUGGAAUCAUCGACAUGCACAGCCACUCCGGCGUGGACUCGCUUCCACAGCUUGUCGGCAACGAGGACACCAACGAGAUGUCUUCUGAUAUCACACCCUACGUGAGAUCCAUCGAUGGCAUCAACCCUCUUGACCAUCAGAUUCAGGUCAUCAAGUCGGGCGGUGUCACAACCAGUCUCGUCUUGCCUGGCUCAGGAAACAACAUCGGCGGUGAAGCCUUCGUUAUCAAGCAUGCUGUCGGGAAGGCAGACGGCCGAAAUGAAACAUCAGCAACGGACAUGCUGGCUGAUCCUGACCGAAACUGGCGCUACAUGAAGAUGGCUUGCGGAGAAAAUGCAAAGCGAGUCUACGGCAAGGUCGGCGAGCAUGGUCCUGUCAGCAGACUCGGAGAAUCGUGGGAGUUUCGUCAUGCCUUUGAGCAGGCAGCAAAUCUCAUUCGGUCACAAGACGAUUGGUGUACUCAGGCUUAUGCGAAUGGUGUUCAUACUAUGUCUACUUACCUCCCACAGGAGCUGAAGUGGGAAUCGCUCAGUGCCGCUCUUCGAGGACAAGUCCACAUCAACACCCAUUGUUACACAAUUCCCGACCUGGAGGCUUUUGUCGACCACACGAACGAGUUCAAAUUUCCCAUCCGUGCCUUCCAUCAUGCUCACCAGACCUUCCUUGUCCCCGAGAUCCUGAAGCGCGCCUGGGGUCCUUCACCGCCUGCAUCCGCCCUUUUCGCGGACAACAUGUGGUACAAGGCGGAGAGCUACGUUGGAUCCGAGUAUGCAGGCAAAAUUCUAUAUGAGAAUGGCUUGACGCCCAUUUACGUCAGUGACAACCCUGUUCUCAAUGCCCAGCAUGUUCUCUUCGAGGCUGCUAAAGCUUUCGGCUACGGUCUUCCUUACCACGCUGCGCUCGCUGCUGUGACAACUGCACCCGCUGAGCGCUUAGGGCUUGGACAGCGACUUGGAAAGAUCAAGCCCGGAUACGAUGCCGACGUUGCUGUUUGGGAUAGUGAUCCGCUAAGCAUCGGUGCCGCUCCUGUACAAGUAUGGAUUGAUGGUACCGCACAGUUUGAAGAUCCUGUCGAGCUGGCGAAGCCACAUGCUGCUCCUAUAGAUGCAGCCAGAGAGCCGGUAGAGAUCCCAGUAGAACCUGUUGCAGUCACGGACGUUGUUUUCACUGGUGUAUCCACGUCUUUCCUACCGCUCCUCCCCAAAGACAUUGCUCAAUCAUUGGAGAGCGAGAACUUCACCGUCUCUAUCUCAAAUGGCAAGAUUCAGUGCAUUGGUUCGUGCGCCAAAGAGCUUCAAGCAGCGUCAAAAUCUGGUGUCAAGGUUGUUCACCUCAAGAACGGACAUAUUAGCAAGGGAUUCGUUGCGUUUGGCUCAUUGAUCGGCCUAAAUGCGAUUGACGCCGAGCGGGAUACCGACAAUGGAGGAAGCACCGAAAACUUCAGCCGCGGUGUCGACGGCCUUCGUCUGGAUUCGAAGAAACUACAGUUCGCUCACAGAUAUGGUGUCACCCGUGCGAUCACUGCCCCCAAAUUCAGCGGCCAGGGAACACACUUUGGUACCAGUGUGGGCUUCAAGACGAGUGCACUUCACACUCUCGAGGAGGGUGCAAUCUUCGCUGACGAUGUUGCUGUACACUGGACGCUCGACAAUGCCUCCAAGAGUGGCAAAGGAUCUGUCUCCGCCGCACUGGGUGCCCUUCGUCACAAACUGCUCAAGGCUGUCGACGCUGGUAACAUUACCGCAGCCGAUGCCUUCACUGAGGAGGCAUAUCUGAAGAAGGUCGUUAAUGGCGAACUACCACUGUCUCUCACCGUCCAGAGCGUUGAUGGCAUCGCUGGCGCGUUGAAGCUGAAGAAGCAGAUUGAAGAGGCUAGCGGCUCUACAAUCACAGUCGUGAUUAUCGGCGGUGCUGAAUCUUAUCUUGUCGCAGAUGAAUUGGCUGCUGCCAAGGUUGGCGUUGUUCUGUCGCCUCUGUUGUCUUAUCGUGCUAGUUGGGAUGAGCGCCGCGCACUUACCGGCGCACCAUUGACGAACGGCACCGCUAUUGACAAACUGAUUGAUGCUGGCGUUGUCACGGCUAUUGGGCUCGAGGAGGAUUGGUUGGUUCGCGACCUGGCUGUCCUCGCUGGUAUUGCUUACGCGAACGGAGAAGGCAGACUUGGGCAGAAGGAUGCCUUAGAUUUGGUCAGCAGCAACGUCUACAAGAUCCUUGGAUUGAAGUCCCCCGAGGCCGCUGAAGAUUUCAUCAUCUAUGAGGGUAACCCAUUAGAGAUCGGUGCACAAGUCAAAGCUGUUGGCUCUGGCUCGUCUACUGUGACAUUGAUUCAGUGAUUAGGUAACGACACUGAUUGUCGGUCAGAUCUCGUGUAAUAUGAAACAAAUAAUCCAACGAAUCGAAUAACUUCCAAUUGCCUUCACGACCAUCUGUCAGGGCUGUCUCGCCGUCUUGAUCGAACCUCCGUUUUGAUAGAAUUGUUACAACGUUAAAAUGCAAGUGCGCCUCGAUGCGAACUCGCCCAGGUCUUAUUUUGGGACGUCUCUUUUCAAAUACGGCAAUACAAAAUUGCUUGUUCACUGGCUGACAGCCAGCGGAAAUUGAGACCGAGCUUAAUGAUCGGGGGCAAAUGAAUUGGAGCGUCGCUAGGAAUGAACAUGCCAUAAGUAGACCCACCAAUGAUGGGGUGGCCGAGUGCUAGCAGGGCAGCAUACCUCCCUACUAGAUAGUGCGAGAGGAGUCGCGGUUUCAUGAAGAUUAGGACUUAAAUAGACUACAUUAAUUCAC